GGCUGUGAUUGGACUGAUGACCGUGUGCAUGGGUCUGUACUCCUGUGCUAUUGCUCCAAAGCAGCAGGUAGCGCCAGCUCAGACCUUUCAGAGGAGACAUAGAAGAGAGGUGGCAUUUGUCCACACACUGAUUUAUACAUAUUGAUCAUCAACACACAGUUAUUCACACAAACCUUGUUAGGAUGAGUUCAGCAUCUGAACCUGUGGUUGGAAGCAGUAGAACCUUGCUUGCUGCCAAAAGACAUAGGACUGUACGGAAGAACUCAAGGAGAAUUUAUUCUGCUUACCGAGACCACCAGCAGGGCUCAUCGGAUGAAGAAGGUGGAGAUGAUAAGGAAGUGGACAGCAAUGACCCUGAAGAAAUGUUCCAGAACAUUCAGUACCAAAAAGAGAUCAUUGCCAACAUUCGCUCCAGACCCUGGCCAAUGAGACGCAAGCUCAAAGUUUUAAAGCAGGCUCGAGAGAUUGUCCUAAAGUAUGAAGGCCAGCUGACGAGAACAAGGGGUUAUCAGACCGCCGGAGCUGAUCUGCUGAAAAAACUUUACCGUGUGCUUUACAACAUUGUUGUUACAUUCAUUCCGUGGGAAGUGAGGAUCAAAAAAAUUGAAAGUCACUUUGGAUCAGGCGUGGCCUCCUAUUUUAUCUUUCUUCGCUGGUUGUUUGGGAUUAACAUCGUCCUCACCAUCAUGACAGGAUCUUUUGUGGUCCUACCAGAGCUGUUGGCUGGAGCUCCAUUUGGAACAACAAGAAGUAAAACUAUCCCCAAAGAGCAUCUUCCAUCAGCCCAAGACUUGGACACCAUCUGGUCUCUUGGGGGUUACCUGCAGUACUCUGUUUUAUUCUAUGGUUAUUAUGGCAGCGUGAGGAAGAUUGGCAGUGCUGGAUACCGGCUCCCACUUGCAUACUUCCUUGUUGGGAUGGCUGUUUUUGCCUACAGUUUCAUCAUCCUGUUACGCAAAAUGGCAAAGAACUCUCGUCUGAGUCUGGCCAGUGCUUCUGAUGAAAACUUCACAUUCUGUUGGAGAGUUUUCUGUGCCUGGGAUUACCUGAUUGGUAACCCGGAAGCUGCAGAGUGCAAAGGAGCUGCAAUCGUCAACAACAUCAGGGAAGCAAUUGUUGAAGAGCAAGAAAAGAAGAAGGAUACGAGCCUGGCAGUUCUCAUCAGUCUGCGUAUUUUAGCCAAUAUCCUGGUUUUGCUGUCACUAGCUGGGAGCAUCUACAUCAUCUAUUUUGUGGUAGACCGAUCCCAGAAACUGGAGCAGGAAAAGCCAGAGCUGACGUUGUGGGAGAAGAAUGAGGUGAGUGUGGUGGUCUCACUCAUCACUAUGAUUGCCCCUUCUGCUUUUGAGCUGGUUGCCCAGUUGGAGAUGUAUCACCCAAGAACCUCUCUGAGAUUCCAGCUGGCCAGAGUCCUUGUUCUAUAUCUGGGAAACCUCUACAGCCUCAUUAUUGCCCUCUUGGAUAAAGUCAACAGUAUGAGCUCUGCU